GUGUUGUGAACUAGUUUACUACUACUACUAUUUUUUUUUCAUUCCUCGUUUCCUCUCCCUCUCUCUCUCUCUCAUUCAUAUAGUUUUGUAGAUGAACAAUCAGAGAAAUUCGAUUUGAAAUUAUCUGUGCUAGACUAGAUUGAUUGAGUUAUGAUGAAGUAGAUAAAGGAGUUUUGAUUACCUUCUCAGUUGGUUUGAUUGUUUUGUUUUGUUUUGUUUUACUUGUUAGUUUGGUUGAAGGGGUUCUCGCUUUUCUUCUCCUGGUUUUAAUGGGUUCAGGAGGAGAAGAAAUAGUGAAAAAGGAGAAAGAUGAGGAAGUCAGGAGAGAUUGCGUAUUGUUCAGAGGUUCAAUUCCUGCCCAAUUUUUGCCACUUAGGUCUUGCUUUAAGCAUUGCAGUUACUCUUCCAUGUCUUCUUUUAAGUGAAACCGCGGCUUUUGACACCCCGUAGUGUUUAAGAUAGAAACUGAAAACAAAGAGCACAUAGAAAACAGUCUGAUAUAAUACCAUCCAUAUAGCUUCUUCGUUUCAGUCAUGAAGAGGCUUGGCAGCUCAGAAUCACUUGGUGCUGUGAUUUCCAUAUGCCCAUCUGCAGAAGAGAAGGGCUUGGGAGCAAGCAACCACGUAUAUAGGAGGAGUUUCCAAUCCAUGUUGGAUGGCUUAGACGAAGAGGACUGUUUAGAAGAACAGGGCCAGAUCUCCGAGAAGAAAAGGCGAUUGAGCGUGGAUCAGGUGAAGGCCUUGGAGAAGAAUUUCGAGGUCGAGAACAAGCUCGAACCGGAGCGGAAAGUCAAACUAGCUCAAGAACUCGGCUUGCAACCACGACAGGUGGCUGUGUGGUUUCAGAACCGACGAGCCAGGUGGAAGACCAAACAAUUAGAGAGAGAUUACAAUCUUCUCAAAUCCAAUUACGAGACUCUCAAGGAGAGUCACAACGCUCUCCAACAAGACAAAGAAGCUCUACUUGCUGAGAUAAGAGAGCUGAAGUCGAAACUCGGAGAAGAAAAUACCGAAAGCAACAUCUCAGUUAAACAAGAGGCAGUGAUGUCGGAGUCCGAUAACGUAGCUACUGGACAGAGUAAGAUCCCUGCCGCUGGGGUGUUAGGAGGGUCCGAGGCUACCGAACCAAACCAGGAAGGCUACAAGAAUAGCAACGCCAACAACGGAGUAGGUGCUUCGGGGUUUACUGAUUUCAAGGACGGUUCAUCUGACAGCGACUCCAGCGCUAUCUUAAACGAAGACAACAGCCCGAAUGCAGCAAUAUCUUCGCCCGGGGUUUUUCAGCAAAACCAGAUACUGGUCUCCCCGACUUCAUCUUCACUAAGAUUCAACUGCUCUUCCUCGUCUUCGCCUUCUUCAAUAAAUUGUUUUCAGUUCGCGGAUUCAAGGGGUGUUUCAGCGAGUGCCCAGAAAGCGUACCAACACCAGUUAAUGAGAAUGGAAGAGCACAACUUCUUUAAUGCUGAGGAGCCCUGCAAUUUCUUUUCUGAAGAUCAAGCUCCGAGUCUUCAAUGGUACUAUCCCGAUCAGUGGAACUAAACAGAACCCGGAUCAGAAAACCAAGGAAAAAAUGAAAAAUCAAGACUCGAAAGAGAAAAAAGGCCCUGAAAAUUUUGUAAAAUGGCACUGUAUUCAAAUCCCCAUUGUACAAAACAAAAGUUGCAGAUUUUCAGAGGUCGAUCAACGAAGGAGCGGUAUAAGCCAGAGAUUCAAAAAGAAUCACAGUCAGAAAGAGAGAGAGAGAGAGAGAGAGAGAGAGAUUUCACGUGGGGUCGUGGUCAGGGUGAGUAUGGUGACGUCUUGGUGGUUGAUUCUGCCCUUUACCGUUCCGUACAAGGAAAAUGGCGGGAAUCAUUAGCUCGUUAUUAAACUCUUUUCUGUUUAAAAAAACAGCCAAAAUCGAAACGGUGAAAAUGCUGUUCUGAUCAGCUUCCCCUU